UAAGUUUCCUGUUAUCGACUUCUCAGUAAAAAACUUAAACCCGGGUUCAGACUCUUGGACGAAAACUUGCGGUGAAGUUACGCGUGCACUUGAAGAAUACGGGUGCUUCAUAGCCUUGUAUGACCAAGUGUCCCAGGAGCUCCACGAUGCAGCGUUCGUUGCAUCACAAGCGGUACAUAAUCUUCCUGUUGAAGCCAAAGUCCGAAACACUUUAGAUGCACAAGGUUAUGGUUUUGUUGCCCAACCAGCCAACAUGCCUCUUUAUGUAAGAUUAAGCAUUGAGAAUGCAACCACUGCAAAAGGAGUUCAAGGAUUUGCAAAACUCAUGUGGCCCAAUGGAAAUGAUACUUUCUGUGAAAGUGUAUUGGCAUUCACAAAGGCUUUAGCUGAGCUAGAGCAGAUGGUGAUGAGAAUGGUGGCGAAAAGUUAUGGAAUCGAGAAACACUAUGAAAGGCUCCUUGGGUCGACUACUUGUAUACUGAAGUUCAAUAAAUGCGUAAACCCUAAUCAAGAAAAUGAGAAGAAAUUGGGUGUUAUCCCUCACAGGGAUAAGAGUUUCAUGACUGUUAUCCAACAACAAGAAGAAGGAAAGGGUCUAGAGGUACAAACAAAAGAUGGGGAGUGGACUCAAGUUCAUCUUUCACCUUCAACUUGCAUAGUCAUGGCAGGGGACGCGUGCAUGGCAUGGUCGAAUGGAAGAAUCGAAGCACCAUAUCAUAGGGUGAUAAUGCAACAAAAUAAAGAUAGAUAUUCGCUUGUUUUAUCUUCUUUUAUCAAGGGUGGAUCUAUCCGGACACCUUCUCCGUCUAUUUUCACACUUUUUGUGCCCUAG